CGGGGCGGGGCUGCCAGAUGUUGGGGCGGCGGCGGCGGCGGCGGCGGCCGGAGGUGCCGAGAGCGAGGAGCCGUGGAGCCAGGCGGAGGGCCGGGGCGCCGCUGGCCGGCCCGCUGGCCUUCUCCGCGCGGCUCCCGCUGGAGUUCGAAGAGGAACUGGCAGGCCUGGCGGGGGCUCCGGCACAGGCAUGCACAGCGCUCGGCUUGACAGCUUCCUGGGCCAGCUCCGCUGGGAACUGCUGUGUGGCCGGGACACAGGCUCACCCCCCAUGUCUGGCCCCCUUCCACCACCCCCCAAACCUGGCCCACGUGUUCUGCUCAGCCACCAACUCAGGGCCUCAGAUGCCUUGGACGAGGACUCAGUCUGCUGUGUGGAAGAGGAGGAAGAAGGUGUGGUAAUAGGCGACAAGGGUGUUGUCUUGGGGAGCCCCAGGGAGAAUGCCCUGGACUGGGACUCUGGCUUCUCUGAAGUGUCGGGCAGCACGUGGAGAGAAGAAGAGCUGCCGGUACUCCAGCACCCAGCACCUGCAGCAUGGCCCCCGCGUAGACAGCGUCUCUCGGCCAGUGGCAUUCCCCUGCCCAGCAGAGUUCCUGGGGCCAGUGCACCACCUGCCCACCGACCACGGCCCAAGUCUACCCCAGAUGCCUGCCUGGAGCAUUGGCGGGGGCUGGAAGCUGAAGACUGGACAGCAGCCCUGCUGAACAGAGGUCGCAGUCGCCAGCCUCUGGUGCUGGGGGACAACUGUUUUGCCGACUUGGUGCACAACUGGAUGGAGUUGCCAGAGGCAGCGGGUGAGGGGGACGAUGGAGGUGGGCCCCGUGCCCGUGCCCGGCCCCCUCAGUUCUUGCUCGGGCUCUCGGAGCAGCUGCGGCGCCAGCUGGCCAGGGCACGCAGGGCGGCGAUGGCAGGAAAGAGACUAUCGUGCCCUCCUCGCCCGGAACCUGAACUGCCUGCAGACGUCUCACGAUUUGCAGCCCUCAUGAGCUGCCGCAGCCGCCAACCCAUCAUCUGCAAUGAUGUCAGCUACCUCUGACCCUGCCCUCCAGCCUGGGACAAUAAAGGCCUUUCUCUGGAC